CGGUGACAUCACAAUGGGGGGCUCGGGGGGGUGACAGGUCAUCGAGAAGGCCCACAACAAUGAACUGGAGCCCACCCCGGGGAACACCCUGCGCCAGACCUUUGAGAACCAGGUCAACCGCAUCCUCAACGACGCCCGAGACAAAACGGGUUCUUCCGCCCAAAAAUCCCUCUCGGAAUACAACAACUUCAAAUCCAUGGUGGUGUCGGGCGCCAAAGGCUCCAAAAUCAACAUCUCCCAGGUGAUCGCGGUGGUGGGACAGCAGAACGUGGAGGGCAAACGCAUCCCCUUCGGCUUCAAACACCGCACCUUGCCCCACUUCAUCAAAGACGAUUACGGCCCCGAAAGUCGAGGUUUCGUCGAAAAUUCCUACUUGGCCGGGCUCACCCCCACCGAGUUCUUCUUCCACGCCAUGGGGGGGCGCGAGGGCCUCAUCGACACCGCUGUCAAGACAGCCGAGACCGGGGUGAAGGAGCUGAGCCGCAAGUUGGUGAUCGUCAACGGGGACGACCCCUUGAGCCGGCAGGCGCAGGAGAACGCCACCCUCCUCUUCAACAUCCACCUGCGCUCCACCCUCUGCAGCCGCCGCAUGGUGGAGGAGUUCCGGCCAUCGUGA